GAAUUCACAACAACGUCCCUUCUUCCCUUCCCUCUUUACUCUACACUCUACUCUACGCUUCUUCCCUCUCUUGUCUUCUUCUUCUUCUUCUUCUUCUCUCUCCAAAAGCUUCACUAACUCACUCAAACACACUUUCUCUCUUUUAUGUUACCACUUCACUUCUUCCUAAUAUCUCAUCAACCUUCAACACCAUAAACCAAUAAAUAACUACCUUACUCACCCGAUCCUAACUCCAAACCAGAUUCUAAUUCUAAUUUUAAUUUUAAUUUUAAUUUUAAUUAUAAUUAAAUGGCUUACCAUAACCAACACCUCUCACAACAACUACCAAUCCACCAUUUCACAGAACAAACCAAUUCAUUCCGUUCCAUAUUACCAGACCAAUUACCUUCCUCACCCGACCCUAACUCCAAACCUGGUUCCGAUCCAAACCAACAUCACACACUCCAAACCACGCCUAAUUGGCUCAACAACGCCCUCCUUCGUACUCACUACACCGACAACAAUAACAACCACAACAAUAACGACGACGUUACUAACGACGUUAACAAUAACGAUACUAACGUUAACGCCGUUAACGGUAACGCCGCUUCCAAUUUUCUUAACCUCCAAACGUCUUCCGACUCAAACCAAUGGCUCGCACGCUCGAUUCUCCACCGGCACCAUGGCGAAGUAAUCGACGACGUCGGAGUUAUCGCCGGAGCCGGAGGGGAGAGAGGAGUAAAUGAAUUAGGUGAAUUGAAGGGAGAAGGAGUCGGAGGGAAGGAGGAGACGGUGGUCGGAGACGGAGGAGGAGGGAUGGUGAACUGGCAGACGGGGAGGUGGAAGGCGGAGAUAAUGGCGCAUCCGUUGUAUGAACAGUUGUUGUCGGCACACGUGGCGUGUUUGAGAAUAGCGACGCCGGUGGAUCAGUUACCGAGGAUAGAUGCUCAGUUGGCACAGUCUCAGAAUGUGGUCGCCAAAUACUCUGCUGCGUUUGGACAGAACGUCGUCGGAGUAGAUGACAAAGAACUCGACCACUUCAUGUCGCACUAUGUUUUAUUGCUGUGUUCCUUCAAAGAACAACUACAACAACAUGUCAGAGUCCAUGCAAUGGAAGCAGUGAUGGCUUGUUGGGAGAUAGAGCAAUCUUUACAAAGUCUAACAGGAGUUUCACCUGGAGAAGGUACGGGGGCAACAAUGUCCGACGAUGAAGACGACCAAGUAGAUAGUGACGUCAACAUGUUCGACAAUAGUUUGGAUGGCGCAGAUACCAUGGGAUUUGGCCCUCUUAUACCUACUGAGAAUGAACGAUCCCUCAUGGAGCGUGUUCGGCAAGAGUUAAAGCAUGAAUUGAAACAUGGUUAUAAGGAGAAAAUUGUGGACAUAAGAGAGGAAAUUUUACGCAAGAGACGAGCCGGGAAACUUCCCGGCGACACAACCUCUGUCCUUAAAGCUUGGUGGCAAUCACAUUCCAAGUGGCCUUAUCCUACUGAGGAAGACAAGACAAGGUUGGUGCAAGAAACUGGUUUACAAUUAAAGCAGAUUAAUAACUGGUUUAUCAAUCAAAGGAAGAGGAAUUGGCACACUAAUCCUUCAACUUCUACCGUCUUGAAGAGCAAACGCAAAAGGUCUCAAAACUAGUCUUUUUAUUUAGUGAAAAUUGCACUAAACUCCUCUGAGAAUAACCUUAUUACACUGACGCCGUUCUCGUUGCGGAAAUCACAUUUACCUCCCUUGCUUUGUUAUUUUUACUUGCAUGAACUUUACACAAAUCUUAAUUUGAAGUAAGUAAUGCAGGUGAUAACAUAUGUAAAUGAAGCAAAUGUCAAAAACCAAUCCUUGAAUGUACUAUAUCAUCUCUUUUCUCAUUGGUCAAAUCAUGUUGCAUGGAAAGGGAUUCAUUAGAUGACAAUGAUGAGAAAGAACCGUUUUGUUUCUCUUGAUGGGCUAGAAGCUUAUUUCCACUGUGGCAACGAAAUAUAAACAAAAAAAUAAUUGAAAAGUUGAUAUAUCUGAUAUUAAGAUUAGAUAAGUCAAAUUUUCAGUUACUUUUUUUUGCAUAUAUUUCAUUUUGAAUGGAGUAUAUUGUUGAACCAUAUAACAUGUGAUUGAAGGCUUGCUCAUGGUUUUAGUAUGUAUAAUGCUUCGCAAUUAAGAACUUCCAUUAGGAAUUAUAUACCGAACAAAAAAUUAGGUAAAUCAAUAGAAGUAUGAAUUUUGUACACAUUUUAUUGUUUGUGAAAUUUAUGUAUGUAUGUAUAAUUAUAAUAUUGAGGGGGUUGUAGUUUAGAGUUAUAAGCUGUGCAUUUUUUUUUUUAUGAUUAUAAUAAUCUUGCUUUUGUUCUUUAAAUUGGUAUUUGGGAUGUAUAUAUAGGUGACCCUUUUUGUUGUAGAAAAGGUCUAUGCUUUUACUUUUU